CUUUUCCGAGUUCCAGCCCAGCCAAGUACCUAGUAACCCACCCAAAUCCACCAAGCCCACCAAAGCCCACCAAGCCCAGGCGACUUUGGCACGUCAGCAGUCGAUCUUGCCAGGUAUCCCAGUACUUGAGUUACUUUGGCUCAGCCUCGACCAUCCCAUCCUCGGCCAUCCUCACGUCACACAACGCAGAGGAAGGUACCUUUUGAAAGUACCCUUUCACAGUAAUUUGUGGGAAUUAAGUGGUCGUUCAGAGUUGCGCCUACUAAGUCAUUCUCAGUUCUGAUAUGACCACAGGCUCCGCCUCGUGAUACACCUUUCCACGUUCCUCCAUCCUAUCGCAUACUCCCACACUCACACAAGCUAAACAUCCCUGGUCACACACCGUUGGUGCUUAAUAUAUUACCAACUUGUCCAUCCCAUUCGUCUUCGCUUCCCCGGAUUUUUAUAUUUUUUCUUUUCUUUCCCAAGUUGUCGUUGCACUUGGGAAUAUAAUCAAGGUCGUUGCCGGAUAUCAUAAACAUUUGAUACCUCGUCUUAGCAACGCACAUCACCCCAUCAUACAUAAUGUCUUCGACAUCCGGGAUACCUAUGAGCGAGCUCAACGCCGCCGCCCUUGAGCACUUUGUAUAUAAGCCAGUAAGCCCGGCUAUGAUCGCAUAUCUGGCCCGUGCAGCGCGCGAUGUCAUCCAGUGCGAUCCGACUAUGAUGCCUCCUCCGGUUCAGAACAAGUCGCAGUACGCUACACCACCCCGAACGCCGUCUCCGAAAGCGGUCCGUUGCGACGACAGCAGUCUACCGACAUUAGAAGAGUUUAUCACUCAGCUGGUUCGCUCUUCCAACGUGCAGGUCCCGACUCUGAUGUCUACCCUGGUCUACUUGACUCGGUUAAAGUCCCGACUUCAGCCCAUGGCCAAGGGUCUGCGAUGCACGACCCAUCGGAUUUUCUUGGCUGCGCUCAUUCUCGCUGCGAAGUAUCUCAACGACAGCUCACCUAAGAAUAAGCACUGGGCUGGCUAUAGUCACAUGAAUACCGAAGCAUACAGCUUCGGUUUCAGCCGGACAGAAGUUAACUUGAUGGAGAAGCAAUUGCUCUUCCUACUAGAAUGGGAGCUGCGCAUUACUGAAGAGGACCUCUACCGCGAGUUGGACCUCUUCUUGGCACCUAUCCGCGACAACAUUGAGGCCGCUCACGCCCGUCGCUUGCAGCGCAAGGAAAAGUUAAGGAAGCAGCAAGAGGCCGAAGAAUGGGCAGCUCGGCUCCCGUCGCCUCCGAGCUCGCGCGACAGCUCGCGGUCGAGGCAAGUUACGCCACCUUACGAAACCGCUCGCAUGGCGCAGGAUGCGUCCACGCCACCGGAAUUGGUUUACAGCUCGUCAGCAAGCAGCAGCAGUGGCAGCUCUUAUGCUUCCUCGGUUACCUCUCUGCAUCACUCUCGGUCGUCCACACCGCUAUCAGAACCGGGCGACAGCUACGUCUCCUACGUGGAUGGCUCACUCUACGAUUCUCCGGUUGAGGUGGUUAUCGACAUGCCACAGCCGGCUGCUCGUAACAGAGUAUACCGCAGCAAGGACGCCAAGCAGCUACUUCCAUACGAGAUUAGCGCCGAUGAUUUACGAGCUCUCCAGGAUGGAAGUGCGAAAACGAAGCGUGCGAAAACCGGAAGGGGUAUGUGGGGCCGUAUGUUCGGAAGUAGCAUCACUUCACGAUAAACAUUUUAUUUGUUGUUGUUUUUUUUUUUUUUUUUCUUUUCUCUUU